UGUUCGUGUGAGCGCGUGUGUCUGUGUGUGUCAGCGUUCGUAUAUGCGAGUGUAAGGGAACGAUCGAUAAUAACGUGCAUUAAACUUGAUUGUGCUAUGUAUAUAAGCUCAUUCGUUUCUGGUCAUUUAACACACCGGUCAUUUAACACACAGAUCCUUUGCUCCGAGUUCAUAGGAAAAAGAAGUAAUCAAACGUUCAUACAUGAAGCUAAUUAUUGUGGGAAUCCCCGUUUUGCAAUAUCCGAUUGGCCUGCACGUAUGAAAUGUUGCACAAUCGUACUAGAGAAGCUUUACCACAGCAGUAAGCCUACUUGUGUCGUUCAACAUUUUCAUUAAGUCACUUGGGGACACUCAGAGGGUCACUUCGAACUCCGGAAGUCAGUAUGGCGGCAGCACCAACUCCAAAAAUCAAAGGAACUUUCCAGAGUUGUCUGAAGCCUGGCCUAAAUCGUCCACAUGACGUCAUUUGUCAUCAAGGUCUAUACAUCGUCACUGACACCUUUUACAACCGGGUCAUAGCAAUGAACCCAGUCGACAAUUCUACUGAAGUUCUUUGUGAGAAGAAGCAAGGGAAACUAUCAUCGAAUAUGAGGCCUUACGGGAUCGUCGCUCUGUCGGACUCGAAGCAAGAUUUUCUGAUCACUGACGCAGUGAACCGGUGUAUUCUACGGUACGCGGACGACUCCUGCACGGUUUGGAGUGAGGAGAAAAUGCCACAGAAAGGAUGUCCUGCAGGAAUAACUGUUGACUCAUCAGGUCAGGUCUUUGUCGCUGAUUCUGCAAACCAUUGUGUCAGGGUCUAUGAUGAAAAUGGUAGACACUGUCGUUCUUUCGGUUCGGACCACCUCAAAUCCCCCUGGUUCCUGGACUUUAACUCUGAAGGGCAUGUCUUCGUGACCGACAACCCUGCAGGCAUCAAGAUCUUCACAAAAGACGGUCAGUUCCUCAAGAAGUUGGUGAUACGUUCCGAAAAUAGGUCUUGGACUUGCCGUGGUAUAGCCAUCGAUCAAUAUGAUAAUAUAUUUGUGACCGCAAGGACAAAGGGCUCUCUCGGUCUUCUCAGCAGAGAAAAGGUUGUGGUGUUUGAUCGAAACCAUCGGGUGAUCUCCGGCCUUGGCGGUUUAAUGCAGUUCAACUAUGUGCGAGGUCUCUGCUGCGACUACGGGACCAAUCAACUUGUCGUAGUAGAUGGGGAAUGGCAUCGACUUCAGCUUUACACACUAUAUGACCAACAAUCACAAAGACAUCACACCGACUCUGCUCUUAACCAUCAGUCGGCUUCUGAAGAUUGUGAUAGCGGUGUUUAUGACGAUUUCGUAAUAGUGAGCCAUCCCGAGGGCCAGGAUGAUGACGAUGACGAUGAUGAUGAGCCUCAAACAGGUGUUGAUGAUUACGACUACGACUACAGCCAUCUUGAACUAUUCAAAGAGGAGAACUAUAACAUUGCUUCAACAGGAUUGGAUUCUGAAACUGGAGACUAGAAUUUCUUAUAAAUCUGUAAACGAUGGAAAAGUGAAACGAACCUGUUUAUUUCCUCAUUUUAUGUAGAUUAUCAAGAUAGAGGCAGAAGCUGGGGACAGAGUGUAGAGACAGUUGUGAAUCAGGAUAUAGCCUACGUUCUUCACUAUGGGGAACUAAAUUCCGUUUACAAAUUCUACACGGUGACAUAAAAUAAAUGUUAUUUUGUUUGACCUAGUCCCCUGAGAGGGAUGGAGGGGUUGUGAUUCGGCAAUGGACUUCAUGUGUGUGCCUUGAUAGCAUAAUCCGUCUUUUGAAGUUGAAUGGCUCUGCUUCACAGGACAGUAUUAAUAUGAUAAACCAUUACAUUUCGUCCAGAUCUUAAAGGUAAAGACCAGUUUUUUAAACCCCCCCCCCCUCUCAAAAAAAUGAAAUGGAAGCU